GCGGCGGCGGCGGCGGCAGCUGCGGCGACUCCCCGGUGCGUCCCGGGCUGCGCGCUGCUCCCGGAGGCCCUGGCGCCCGAGAGGCACAGGCCGACUCUUGCCCAGCGCAGAGCCUAGGAGCCUGAAGCCCCCGGAGCAGUGGCCACAGCGCGCCCAGGACCCCAACGGCCCCUCCAACCUUCCUAGGCCGAGCCCGCCAUGUCCUACCCGCAGUUUGGAUACCCUUAUUCCUCUGCUCCCCAGUUCCUGAUGACCACCAACUCCCUGAACACGUGCUGCGAAUCGGGCGGCCGCACACUGGCUGACUCCGGGCCUGCAGGCUCGGCCCAGGCGCCGGUCUAUUGCCCGGUCUACGAGAGCCGGCUGCUAGCCACCGCGCGCCACGAACUCAAUUCUGCCGCGGCACUUGGCGUCUACGGGAGCCCUUAUGGCAGCUCGCAGGGCUAUGGAAACUACGUGACCUAUGGCUCAGAGGCGUCUGCUUUCUACUCGCUGAACAGUUUCGAGUCCAAGGAUGGCACAGGAUCUUCACACGCCGGCCUAGCACCUACAGCAGCUGCAGCCUACUACCCUUAUGAGCCAGCUCUGGGCCAGUAUCCUUAUGACAGGUAUGGGACCGUGGACAGCGGCACGCGGCGCAAGAACGCCACCCGGGAGACCACCAGUACACUGAAGGCUUGGCUGCAGGAGCACCGGAAGAACCCGUACCCCACCAAGGGAGAGAAGAUCAUGCUGGCCAUCAUCACCAAGAUGACCCUCACACAGGUCUCCACCUGGUUCGCCAAUGCGCGCAGGCGUCUCAAAAAAGAAAAUAAAAUGACCUGGCCACCUCGAAAUAAGUGCGCAGAUGAGAAGCGGCCCUAUGGUGAGGGUGAAGAGGAGGAGGCUGUCGAGGAAUCACGGGAGGAACCUCUCAAGAGUGCUAAGAGCGAAGGUCCUGUUGGCAAAGACGACAAGGAGCUAGAACUCAGUGACCUGGAAGAUUUCGACCCUCUAGAUGCAGAGACCUCAGAGUGUGAUCUGAAGACUCCCUUCCAGCCCCUGGACAGCGGACCAGAGAGGAUUCCUGCUUCAUCUGAUGGCCCUGGCCCAGGCAAGGAGGCCUCUGCUACACUCCGGAUGCCUCCAGGCACCGCUAGUGGAGCUGCCAUGGAUGAGGACCUGGAGAGGGGCCGGAGCUGCCUCAGGAGCACAGUGGUUGCGCCAGAUUCUGGCGCCGAGGGCGGCCCACAGGCCUGCGAAGCCAAACUCAGCUUUGCCCCUGCAGGGGCGCCGCCAAGCCUGGAGACCAAGCCGCGCAUCUGGUCCUUGGCGCACACAGCCACAGCUACUGCAGUCACAGCUCUGAGCCAGACUGAGUUUCCCUCCUGCAUGCUGAAACGCCAAGGUCCGGUGGGGGCAUCCUCGGUGCCACCACCGGCCUCCUCACCUGCAGUCCCAGCCCCUUCAGUAGCCCUGGAAAGGCACCAGGACUCCCCAGUAACUAGUCUCAGAAACUGGGUGGACGGGGUAUUUCACGAUCCCAUCCUUAGGCACAGCACUUUGAACCAGGCCUGGGCCACUGCUAAGGGUGCCCUUCUGGAUCCUGGCUCUUUAGGACGCUCUCUGGGGGCGGGCACCAACGUACUGACUACGCCCCUGGCCUGCUCCUUCCCGCCCACGGUGCCCCAAGACGCCCCGCCUGCGGGAGCUGCCCGGGAGCUGCUGGCUACGCCCAAGCCUGGUGGCAAACCUUUCUGCACUUAACACCCACCUGCACAGUGGAGAAGGGAACUGGCGCUCAGGCUGCAGGCGCUAACUCUGAACUGUUUUUAAUGGGUUUCCAAAGGAAGGGGGGUAUUUCCAAGCCAAUG